UUUAUAUCCAAUCAUUAGUCACAAAACACGGAAGUGCGCUGUCGUUUGUUGAAGCUAGUCGAUCAUGGAGAACGUAAGCUAGUGAGGCUUAUAUUGUUUUAGUACAACAUUCAGAAUACAAGGAGAGAAAACUGUCGACCUAGUAAGUGUUUCCAAACAGUCUGCAACAGAAUGAUUGACGACUUUGAGAGACAGGAAGUUCGCACCAGCGGGGAGCUUUGGUCCCAAAUAUGUGGUCCCAGUCAGCCUGAGAUGCAGACUGAGACCUCCUCAGACCACAACACUGAAUUUCAAGACUCCUUCCAGCCAGAAGCACCAGUAGGAGCACAGGUUCAUGGCCAGUCUAAUGGGACCAGCAACACCAAUUCUACCAGUACUAAAUGGGAACCCAUGGAGGACUCUGAGACGUACAUUGCCAGUUUAGAGAACCGACUGAAGAAGCUGAAGGGUCAGUCCAGUGACGUCACCUCCAGGGACAUGCUGCGAUGCUUGUCUCAAGCCAAGAAGGAAUGCUGGGAUAGAUUCCUGCACGAUGCACAGACCUCUGAGCUCUUCCAAAGCAGUGACAUGGACGAGAGCACCCUUGAACACCUCAAGAGGUGGUUGGUUCCAGACAAGGUGGCCAUCAGUGCAGAGGAGUUGGAGUUUCUACUGAGGCCGGCCCAGAAGGAGGACCACGCCCAAGUGGACCAGCAGCAACAAGGGGAGGGGGAGGAACGUCACCAUGCUGAGGAAGAUGACUCUCAGAGCCCUGAGAAAUGAGACUGAAAUGCAACAUUAACAAAACAACCAAUAUGGCGAUACAGUAUGUCAAAACGUAUUAGCUUUCAUGUUUUGUCUGUGCACCACAGGAGGUGUUGCCGUAUAACAUCACAUUCCCACUAUCUUGCCGGCAAUCAUCUCCCUUUAAGUCAUGUUGUUCAAAGGAGCAUCAGCAUUGUCAUGUGACUGGGAUGCUUUAGCACUUUCUGCAGCAGCGGUGACAUUUGAUGCAUGUUGCACUUGUAUGCCAAAGCAUGGGCGUGCUUAAAUGUCAGCGGCAGUGAAACAUCAUUGAUUAGCAGUAUGCAGCGACAUGACACAUGUAAAAUGAUGGAAAAACAUGCUGUGUAGUACAGUGAAUAAAAUUUGAUUCAUUUGCAUCUGCCA